UCAAAGUUCACAAGUAAGGUUAAAAGAUCAAAAUUGCUGUUUUUUAUGGUUGUUUGUUGAUCCAAGGUGUACUGGAUAAAAGAAGGAGUGAUAUCCUUGUUCGUGCAUACAGAAUCACCAUGAAUUGGAUGGAAACAUUUGGUUGGUUGGUUGGCAUCUUAAUCCUCGUAUUUGUUAUUGCUUGUUUACUGUCAGAUGCUGACCUUACUCUAAGGUUUUUUGAAAAAGUUGGAAGCAAGAAAGGAGAAGACUUCAGGAACCAGGUAAUCUGGGUGACUGGUGCAUCAAGUGGUAUUGGUGAAGAACUCGCCUACCAGCUCGCGAAAACAGGUUGUAAAUUGGUUUUAUCGGCUAGGAGAAAAAAUGAGCUGCAGAGAGUGAAAGAUGAAAUUUUGAAAAAAGGUGGCAUACAUCAAGAUGAUGUAAUGGUAUUGCCUCUUGAUAUUGCAGAAUGUGACACGCACAAAGACGCUACAGAGAAAGUUAUCAGCCAAUUUAAACAAAUUGAUAUUUUGGUGAACAACGCCGGUCGUAGUCAACGUUCCUUAGCCAUGGAGGCAUCAUUUGAAGUAGACAAAGCUAUAUUCGACAUAAAUAUACUGGGUACUAUAUCACUAACUAAAUCAGUUUUGCCAUAUAUGGUAUCAAGAAAAUCUGGACAUGUGGUUGUUACAAGUAGUUUGGCAGGGAUAGUUCCCGCUCCACUACAGACUGCAUAUUCAGCAGCAAAGCAUGCUGUGCAGGGAUAUUUUAACAGUUUAAGACUGGAGCUUGCCAGUGAUAAUAUUACUUUAACUACUAUCCUUCCUGGUCCUGUGGUGUCCAAAGUUGUUGAAAAUGCUCUGACAACCAGCUUGGACAAGGGCUUGAUAUCUGGGAACAUGGAAGCUGCAAUGCAGUAUCCAAACAGAAUGUCUACAGUGCGUUGUGCAGAGUUGAUGGUUAUUGCCAUUGCUUACCAACUCCAUGAAGUGUGGAUUGCUAAGAAUCCCAUCUUGUUAACAGCCUAUAUGGCACAGUAUAUGCCAACAACAUGCAGGUUUUUCCUUGCCAUAUACGCAAAACGUCGGAUAAAGUCACUGAAGGACAAUACGCCGAAAAAGAAAGAUGAAUGAAUGGCUAUUCAGCAUCACAGUUAAUAAAAAAAGAUAUGUAUUGAUCAAAGUACCACCAGAGACUUUUUUAACAAUAAUAUUGUCUUUUUCGUGAAUCUGGACUAUUAUAAACCUUACAAGUUUUUGUGAAGACUGGAUUAGCAAAUACAAACUAGAAGACCUGAUUGGUUUAAAGUGGUGGUACCGCCCACUAAAUCCUGCACUCUCUCUUGACAAUCACAUAUCAUGUAGUGUGUGUUUCUAUUAUAGAUACCAUAAAAAAUGACCCAUCCACCUUGAUCUAUCAUUCACAAUACUGCUCUGAACAUCGUAGCAUAAUCAAAAUAUAUUUUCUUUUAUUAUUCAUUCAGUGAUUUUACAUGACAGAAAUGAUACAGUAUAGUGUAAUAAUGCACUACCCAUUGUAUACUGUA